AAGGAAACCUGGUUUUUACUGUUUGGUCCCCACUGUCAACAUCUGAAAGCGAGACUGUACAUGGUAUACACGACAACAGCCUUCAACAUGUUAGAGGCGCUUUGUUUUAUAAGUCUGCUGGGAUUGUGUGUUCCACUCUAUGAUGCCAGCCCUGUGUUCCAGCGUCAGACGCCAUCAUUGACGCCAUACCAGGCUGCCCUACAACUUUUCUCAGACGACAAUGGAUGGACAAACCACUGCACUGCCGUCAUCGUUGGACUUAAAACCGCACUGACCGCCGCACACUGUGUGGACAAAAUGUUGAGCGAAGAUGUGCGCAUCGUAGCAGGUGGUGAUGGCGUGUCUCCCAACCAGCAGAUCAUCAACAUCGUGGGCUACCACCCCCACGAGCUGUGGGACUCGAACUCUGGCGACUCUUUUAACGAUAUCGCUAUUGUGUAUCUGGACAAGAAAAUCACCGUCACUGACUUUGUGAGGCCCAUAGACCUGGCUGUUGAUGAUGACGUCAGCUCGCCUUGUGUCGUCACAAGUUGGCCAGUCAUGCUAUCAACCCACCCCGUCAAGGCGACCGUUACCAACUGUCAGAACGCCAGCUUGUCCACACCUCCAACAGAAAAUCAAGUAUGUGUUCAUGUUGAUUACGAGGGCAGCGAACAAACAGUGAACGGUUGCCAUGGCGACCGCGUCGCCCCUUUAGUAUGUGGAGACACUCAGAAAUUUCUGGUAGGAUUCAACACAUGGGAUGGGGCUGCGUGUAAUGGGGCGGGUACCGUCGUGUACAAUCGUGUGGCUCCUCACGCUGACUGGGUUUCUGUACACUUAAACGUGCGUGCUACAGACAGCACACAAGUACACACAGCAGAGAUUUCGAUUGAUAUGGGCACAUUGGAUUUUGAUAAUCUACCCAUUCCACCCCUACCUGAAAACAAAAAUAUUAUCACUAAUCCAGUUCAUCCAAUCACACCUGAAAAUGAAAUGGGCCCAUUGGAUUUUGAUAAUCUACCCAUUCCACCCCUACCUGAAAACAAAAAUAUUAUCACUAAUCCAGUUCAUCCAAUCACACCUGAAAAUGAAAUGGGCCCAUUGGAUUUUGAUAAUCUACCCAUUCCACCCCUACCUGAAAACAAAAAUAUUAUCACUAAUCCAGUUCAUCCAAUCACACCUGAAAAUGUCAAGAACACUUUUGAUUACAACAAAUCAAAACUGCCACCACAACCUUUAAAUGGCAAGUUGGUCAUACCAAUCAAAUAUAAUGUGAUUCCAAUCUUUCCCCUUCCUAAUUACAAACCAGAAUUUAGAUUCAACUUCCAAAUUCCUGCACUGCCUGAAAAUAAAAAUGUUGUUAUAAAUCCAGUUCAUCCUAUUUUACAUGAAAAUGAUAUGGGUACAUUGGAUUUUGAUAAUCUACCCAUUCCACCCCUACCUGAAAACAAAAAUAUUAUCACUAAUCCAGUUCAUCCAAUCACACCCGAAAAUGAUAUGGGCCCAUUGGAUUUUGAUAAUCUACCCAUUCCACCCCUACCUGAAAACAAAAAUAUUAUCACUAAUCCAGUUCAUCCAAUCACACCUGAAAAUGAUAUGGGCCCAUUGGAUUUUGAUAAUCUACCCAUUCCACCCCUACCUGAAAACAAAAAUAUUAUCACUAAUCCAGUUCAUCCAAUCACACCUGAAAAUAAUAUGGGCCCAUUGGAUUUUGAUAAUCUACCCAUUCCACCCCUACCUGAAAACAAAAAUAUUAUAACUAAUCCAGUUCAUCCAAUCACACCUGAAAAUGAUAUGGGCCCAUUGGAUUUUGAUAAUCUACCCAUUCCACCCCUACCUGAAAACAAAAAUAUUAUCACUAAUCCAGUUCAUCCAAUCACACCUGAAAAUGUCAAGAACACUUUUGAUUACAACAAAUCAAAACUAUCACCACAACCUUUAAAUGGCAAGUUGGUCAUACCAAUCAAAUAUAAUGUGAUUCCAAUCUUUCCCCUUCCUAAUUACAAACCAGAAUUUAGAUUCAACUUCCAAAUUCCUGCACUACCUGAAAAUAAAAAUGUUGUUAUAAAUCCAGUUCAUCCUAUUUUACAUGAAAAUGAUAUGGGCCCAUUGGAUUUUGAUAAUCUACCCAUUCCGCCCCUACCUGAAAAUAAAAAUAUUAUCACUAAUCCAGUUCAUCCAAUCACACCUGAAAAUGAAAUGGGCCCAUUGGAUUUUGAUAAUCUACCCAUUCCACCCCUACCUGAAAACAAAAAUAUUAUCACUAAUCCAGUUCAUCCAAUCACACCUGAAAAUGAUAUGGGCCCAUUGGAUUUUGAUAAUCUACCCAUUCCACCCCUACCUGAAAACAAAAAUAUUAUCACUAAUCCAGUUCAUCCAAUCACACCUGAAAAUGAUAUGGGCCCAUUGGAUUUUGAUAAUCUACCCAUUCCACCCCUACCUGAAAACAAAAAUAUUAUCACUAAUCCAGUUCAUCCAAUCACACCUGAAAAUGAUAUGGGCCCAUUGGAUUUUGAUAAUCUACCCAUUCCACCCCUACCUGAAAACAAAAAUAUUAUCACUAAUCCAGUUCAUCCAAUCACACCUGAAAAUGAUAUGGGCCCAUUGGAUUUUGAUAAUCUACCCAUUCCACCCCUACCUGAAAACAAAAAUAUUAUCACUAAUCCAGUUCAUCCAAUCACACCUGAAAAUGAUAUGGGCCCAUUGGAUUUUGAUAAUCUACCCAUUCCACCCCUACCUGAAAACAAAAAUAUUAUCACUAAUCCAGUUCAUCCAAUCACACCUGAAAAUGUCAAGAACACUUUUGAUUACAACAAAUCAAAACUGCCACCACAACCUUUAAAUGGCAAGUUGGUCAUACCAAUCAAAUAUAAUGUGAUUCCAAUCUUUCCCCUUCCUAAUUACAAACCAGAAUUUAGAUUCAACUUCCAAAUUCCUGCACUACCUGAAAAUAAAAAUGUUGUUAUAAAUCCAGUUCAUCCUAUUUUACAUGAAAAUGAUAUGGGUACAUUGGAUUUUGAUAAUCUACCCAUUCAACCCCUACCUGAAAACAAAAAUAUUAUCACUAAUCCAGUUCAUCCAAUCACACCUGAAAAUGAUAUGGGCCCAUUGGAUUUUGAUAAUCUCCCCAUUCCACCCCUACCUGAAAACAAAAAUAUUAUCACAAAUCCAGUUCAUCCAAUCACACCUGAAAAUGAUAUGGGCACAUUGGAUUUUGAUAAUCUACCCAUUCCACCCCUACCUGAAAACAAAAAUAUUAUCACUAAUCCAGUUCAUCCAAUCACACCUGAAAAUGUCAAGAACACUUUUGAUUACAACAAAUCAAAACUGCCACCACAACCUUUAAAUGGCAAGUUGGUCAUACCAAUCAAAUAUAAUGUGAUUCCAAUCUCUCCCCUUCCUAAUUACAAACCAGAAUUUAGAUUCAACUUCCAAAUUCCUGCACUGCCUGAAAAUAAAAAUGUUGUUAUAAAUCCAGUUCAUCCUAUUGUACAUGAAAAUGAUAUGGGUACAUUGGAUUUUGAUAAUCUACCCAUUCCACCCCUACCUGAAAACAAAAAUAUUAUCACUAAUCCAUUUCAUCCAAUCACAUCUGAAAAUGAUAUGGGCCCAUUGGAUUUUGAUAAUCUACCCAUUCCACCCCUACCUGAAAACAAAAAUAUUAUCACUAAUCCAGUUCAUCCAAUCACACCUGAAAAUAAUAUGGGCCCAUUGGAUUUUGAUAAUCUACCCAUUCCACCCCUACCUGAAAACAAAAAUAUUAUCACUAAUCCAGUUCAUCCAAUCACACCUGAAAAUGAAAUGGGCCCAUUGGAUUUUGAUAAUCUACCCAUUCCACCCCUACCUGAAAACAAAAAUAUUAUCACUAAUCCAGUUCAUCCAAUCACACCUGAAAAUGAAAUGGGCCCAUUGGAUUUUGAUAAUCUACCCAUUCCACCCCUACCUGAAAACAAAAAUAUUAUCACUAAUCCAGUUCAUCCAAUCACACCUGAAAAUGUCAAGAACACUUUUGAUUACAACAAAUCACAACUGCCACCACAACCUUUAAAUGGCAAGUUGGUCAUACCAAUCAAAUAUAAUGUGAUUCCAAUCUUUCCCCUUCCUAAUUACAAACCAGAAUUUAGAUUCAACUUCCAAAUUCCUGCACUGCCUGAAAAUAAAAAUGUUGUUAUAAAUCCAGUUCAUCCUAUUGUACAUGAAAAUGAUAUGGGUACAUUGGAUUUUGAUAAUCUACCCAUUCCACCCCUACCUGAAAACAAAAAUAUUAUCACUAAUCCAGUUCAUCCAAUCACACCUGAAAAUGAUAUGGGCCCAUUGGAUUUUGAUAAUCUACCCAUUCCACCCCUACCUGAAAACAAAAAUAUUAUCACUAAUCCAGUUCAUCCAAUCACACCUGAAAAUGAAAUGGGCCCAUUGGAUUUUGAUAAUCUACCCAUUCCACCCCUACCUGAAAACAAAAAUAUUAUCACUAAUCCAGUUCAUCCAAUCACACCUGAAAAUGAAAUGGGCCCAUUGGAUUUUGAUAAUCUACCCAUUCCACCCCUACCUGAAAACAAAAAUAUUCUCACUAAUCCAGUUCACCCUGUUGUACCUGAAAAUGAUAUGGGCCCAUUGGAUUUUGAUAAUCUACCCAUUCCACCCCUACCUGAAAACAAAAAUAUUAUCACUAAUCCUGUUCAUCCAAUCACACCUGAAAAUGAUAUGGGCCCAUUGGAUUUUGAUAAUCUACCCAUUCCACCCCUACCUGAAAACAAAAAUAUUAUCACUAAUCCUGUUCAUCCAAUCACACCUGAAAAUGAUAUGGGUACAUUGGAUUUUGAUAAUCUACCCAUUCCACCCCUACCUGAAAACAAAAAUAUUAUCACUAAUCCUGUUCAUCCAAUCACACCUGAAAAUGAUAUGGGCCCAUUGGAUUUUGAUAAUCUACCCAUUCCACCCCUACCUGAAAACAAAAAUAUUAUCACUAAUCCAGUUAAUCCAAUCACACCUGAAAAUGAUAUGGGCCCAUUGGAUUUUGAUAAUCUACCCAUUCCACCCCUACCUGAAAAUUAGCAAUUUCUUUCUAUCAGUAAAAUAAUCUUUUAAGUUUCAUCUCUUAUUGAUUAAAGAAAUUUUUUAGAAUACUUGGUUUUGAACUUGGUUAAAGAGUUAACUUAUUCAUUUAAUGUUUUAGAGUUUUAAGUAUUCAAAAGUAUUCAAAAGAAUUGAUUUUAUUAUCUUAUCCUAAACUUUUAAACUAUGAAAUCAAACUUUUAUGUUGAUUAUCAAUUUUUAAUUAAUCUUUUAGCUUAUCACAUGGCACUUAAGGUUCUUGAA